UCGACAUCGAGGAAGUUCGCCAGUCACUGCAGGAUCCCCUUAAACGUAAACAUUAUGACAAGUCUCCAAUUUCGGUGCUGCCCUCUGCGCUGAGCUUGUCAUGUCGCCGUCCCCAUAAUCAUAGACUGCAUCUUAAGAAACAAAUUUAGUUAAAAAAUAAUAAUAAAAUUUUGAAAUAAAUAAUUUUUUUUUUAAUUUUUUGGGUAUAAGCCCGACUUAUGAACCCAACAUUGGCCCAAGUUCGGAAAGCAAUAAAGGCCCUAGAUAAAAAAGCGUGACAUUCCGAAAUGGGGCCAAGGUGGGCGUCCUAACAUGGGCCUCAAAUAAAGUAAGGAAGCCCUUUUAGGGCCCGGUUACAGCCUAGGAAAAAUUUAUACACAGGUUGUUGAAAUUACAAUUGUAACAGAAACAUUCUAUUAUAGUUGCUGACAUAGAUUUCGAUGAUAUUAAUAUGGAAAAAUCUUAUGCCCCAAUUGGAAGUUAUGUACAAAGUAAAUUGGCGAAUAUUCUGUUCACUAAGGAACUCGCUCGUCGAUUGAAAGAAGCAAAUAUUCACGGGAUAAACAUAUACUCUUUACAUCCUGGUCUAAUUCCAACCGAAAUAACACGGCAUACCAGUAAUACGUUAUUUCGAGGUGCAAGUUUUUGUUAUAAUACUUGUACGGGAUUGUUUUUUAAAAAUGCUGAACAAGGAGCGCAAACUACAGUAUAUUGUUCUGUUGAUGAGAAGACAGCCAAUGAGACCGGUCUUUAUUAUUCAAACUGUGGCGUUUCCACUACAUAUGGGAAGGCAAACAAUCGUCAGUACGCCGAAAAAUUGUGGAAUGUAUCCUGUCGUCUUUUGCAUCUGGAACCAGAAAAAAAUUUUACCACGUUUUUAGAAACCGUUUCACGUCAAAUGGUUUAAAAAAAUUUCUUUAUUCUUAAGAGAAUAUUGUGGGAAUUUUUACUAAUCCGGGGAACAAACCUCUUAUUUGUUCAUAUUAGUUUAUAUUAGAUUAUAUUAGUGGAUAUAUGAUUAUAUAUGAUCAUAUAAGAAA